AUGUCUGACCUUCAAGCAAACGUCCAGGAGACCAAGGAUGGCUUCCACGUCGAGGGUUACGAGAAGAUCGAAUACGAUUUCACGUUCGUCGAUGGGAUUUUUGACAUCGCAAACUCAAAUCUCGCAAAUUGCUACAAGAAAUGGGGUCGAGUUCUGGCGGUCACCGACAAGAACGUAUACGGUAUAUACGGGACGAAGAUGAAGAACUAUUUCGACCAUUAUAACCUUCAGCUUAAGGUUCAUCAGACUUCCAUUGGGGAGAAGGCGAAAACGAUUGAAACUUUCCUGGAAAUAGCUGAUAGCAUGACUGAGUUCGGUAUCAUCCGAAAGGAACCUGUCCUCGUUGUUGGCGGUGGACUCGUGACAGAUGUUGCCGGAUUUGCCUGUGCUGCGUACCGUCGCAACACGAACUUCAUCAGAGUGCCUACCACCGUGAUAGGCCUGAUCGACGCAAGUGUCAGCAUAAAAGUAGCUGUCAACUAUGGCCGAUAUAAGAAUCGUCUCGGUGCAUAUCAUGCCCCGCUCCACACGUUCCUGGAUUUCACGUUCCUUCGAACUUUGCCCAUUUCUCAAGUCCGAAACGGGUUCGCCGAGCUGAUCAAGAUCUCAUCUUGCUCCCAUACACAUGUGUUCGAUUUGUUAGACAAGUUCUGCGAACAAUUAAUCGAGACGAAGUUUGGUCGAGCUGAUGGAUCGACAGCCGAAAUCCGUAGGGCUGCAGACCUUAUCAACCGCGAAGGUAUCUUCGAAAUGCUCAAAUUAGAAUCUCCUAACCUUCACGAGAUCGGCCUCGAUAGAGUGAUUGCAUAUGGCCAUACCUGGUCACCGUUGCACGAACUCAUCCCAGAAACUCCAUUGCGACACGGGCAUGCAAUCUCCAUCGACAUGGCGUAUUCCGCCACUCUAGCCAAGGAACGCGGACUGCUUUCAGAGAAGGAACAUCGCCGACUAUUCGGACUAUUCUCGCGAGCCGGGCUAUCUAUUGAUCACCCUCAAUUCGACAACGAAGUUUUGGAGAAGGGCACGGCAGCUAUCCUGAAGACGCGCGACGGAUUAUUGCGGCUUGCUGUACCGAGCCCUCUAGGAUCUUGUGUUUUCUUGAACGAUGUAUCCGUCAAAGAUCUAAAAGAUGCGCUUAAGAAACAUAAGGAGGUAGCGAAAACGUACCCACGACAAGGCGCUGGGAUUGAAGCGUAUGUCGACAGCAGCGAUACUGGCUACACUGACCUCGAAGCGGAGAAUAUGAGUGUUCAAAAGAACGUGAAGGAAGCGGGAGUAUUUCACGAAAAUAACGGCAUUAUCGAUGGUAUUCACGAUCAUGGAAAGGCGAAUGGACAUAAGCGGCAAGACUCUGGCUGUCAGUUGAUCAACGACUCUGGUAUUGAUGACCACCCUGACCAAUACCUCAUUAACCUCUCUGACGUUCCUGUCAACGAGGCGCCAAACGGCAUAAAGGCUCAGGCAUAA